AUGCAAUCAUCCCGGACGUCCCUCACAAAACAAGCUAAAAAGCUCCGUUUCUGGGAUAGUGUCAUCUCCUGGCUCGACCGUUACCUCUCCUGGCCACUCCCUCCCAACCCCAGCCUCGAGCUCACCAUCCCGACAACAGUCAGCAAAACCCCCGGCUCAAUCCAACUCUACAUCUUCACCGCGCCAGACCAAGCACCAACCUCUAUAUCCUCCCAACCUCACGGCCUCAACGCACCUCCCCGCCCAGUCCUGAUCAACUUCCAUGGCGGCGGUUUCUCCAUUGGCCACGCAAUCGACGACGCAAGAUGGGCGCAUUCUGUCCUAAAAGCACAUCCUGACAGUAUAUUCGUCAGCGUAAACUACAGACUCGCCCCGGAACACCCAUUCCCCAUUGCAAUCGAGGACGGAGUCGAUGCUAUCCUGUGGCUAUGGGACCAUGCCGAGAACUACAAUCUCGAUCGAAAGCGGUUUGUGCUGUGCGGCGCAAGUGCGGGUGGAAAUCUCUCAUUCACGGUCCCAUUGCGUCUCCACGAAGAACUUGAGGUCCGUGGCCGGCUAGAUACGAAGAGCGAAAUCAAGCUUGCGGGAUCGGUGGCGUUUUACCCUACCGUGGAUUGGACACGGUCUCGAUCGGAGCGCGAUGCUACGAACCCCAUUGCGGCGGAGAGAUCUAUGAUUCCGCCGAAAAUAUUCACGUUCUUCGAUGAGUCGUAUCUACUUAAAGAGAACUUGCCUAAGUUGGACGACGGGAAGAGUGUUGAUAUGGGGCAUCCGUAUUUAUCGCCUGGGGUGGCGCCAACAAAUUUGGUUCUUGAGGCUUUCCCGCCUUCUGUGGCAAUUUAUACAUGUGGUUGGGAUCAAUUGCUUGUCGAGGGGAAUACAUUGAGGGAGAGAAUUUGUCGCUUUGUGGAUGAGGGAAGAAUGAAGCAUGUUGGCGGGUUUGUUGUUGAGGAGGCCAUUCAUGGGUUUGAUAAACGGCCGACGUUUUGUUUGAAAAAUGAGGCGAGGGAUAGGAUGUAUUCAAAUGCAAAUGAGGAGCUAGGGAUCAUGUGGAGUUGUACUUGUGAGGAAGAUGAGGAUUCUGAGGCUGAAAAUGGAGGAAGCGAAGUAUGA